AUCCUAGAGCAACACCAAAACAGCUCAGCACAAUGAAAUGUUCAGCACUCUGGACAGCGCUCUUCAUUUGCUUGUAUGGGGCGGUGGAGACUUGCUCAGUGAAGAAGCUGAGCAAUAACACUGGGCGUUUCGCCAAUGCCACUCUGGUUAGACUAAAUGAGUUUUUAAGUGCCGGAUAUAAGAAAGGAGUUCGACCUGUGCGGGACUGGAGGCAGUCAACGACAGUGGCCAUUGACCUAAUGGUUUAUGCGAUUCUCAAUGUGGAUGAGAAGAACCAGGUCUUGACAACAUAUGUGUGGUACAGACAGCAAUGGACGGAUGAGUUCCUUGUGUGGGAUCCCGAAAAAUUUGAUGACGUUGAACAGAUUUCCAUUCCCACUGCCAACAUCUGGGUUCCAGAUAUUCUUAUCAAUGAAUUUGUGGAUGUAGGAAAGUCUCCAGAUAUACCUUACGUCUACGUAGGCCAUACUGGGCUUGUUCGUAACUAUAAGCCUAUCCAAGUGGUGACCGCCUGCUCCCUCAACAUCUACAACUUUCCUUAUGAUGUCCAAAAAUGUAGCCUGACUUUCCAGAGCUGGCUGCACACAACUAAAGACAUCAACAUCACACUAAUGAGAACCCCUGAGGAAGUAAUGAACGACAAGAGUGUGUUCAUGAACCAGGGAGAAUGGGAGCUGCUUCACGUCCUCUCCGUAUACAAUGAGUUCAGCAUAGAUAAUGAUGAUUACUACGCCGAAAUGAAGUUCCAUGUUGUGAUCCGACGCAGACCUCUGUUCUAUACAGUCAACCUCUUGUUGCCCAGUAUAUUCCUGAUGGUGAUGGACAUCGUUGGGUUCUACCUGCCCCCAGACAGUGGAGAGAGAGUAUCCUUCAAGAUCACCCUGCUCUUGGGCUAUUCCGUCUUUCUCAUCAUCGUCUCUGACACUCUGCCAGCGACUGCCAUAGGGACCCCUCUCAUUGGCGUGUACUUUGUGGUUUGCAUGGCACUGCUGGUCAUCAGUCUGACCGAGUCUGUUUUGAUCGUGAGGCUGGUGCACAAGCAGGAUCUGCAGUCUCGUGUGCCCCAGUGGGUCAAACACCUGGUGCUGGAGAAGAUCACGAUGCUGCUCUGCAUCCGAAACAAGAAGUUCUGCUCGAACCUCACGCAGGGAUCCGACCUGCCACAAUACAAAGAAAACAACAUGAACACAGCGGUCCACUGCAACCAUCACAGCUGCGAGGGACCCAAAGACCCUGAGAGAAACAUUGGUUUGGGGCUGUCCAUACGGGACAGCGGGUCUCCCGUCAUGGACGGCAUCCUUCGCGAGAUCACCACCAUCCGUCAGUUCAUGGAGAAGAAGAAUGAGAGCAGGGAGAUCGCUAAGGAGUGGCUGCAGGUGGGGUACGUGCUGGACAUCCUGCUGUUCCGCGUCUACCUGCUCACCGUGUUGGCCUACAGCAUCACUUUAGGCACACUGUGGUCCGUCUGGCAAAAUGUCUGACCGCAGAUGUAGGUCACAAUAGGGAAGGCGCCAAUUCUGUCUCACUGCUUAAUGUAAAUGCAGUGUUUGACGUAGUUUAAGUGCUGGUAAUGUGAUUGUUAUCUCGCAAGAGAAUAACUUGAGCAUCACUGAAGAUAAAUGUGCUUUCAACUACUGUUCUUACCAGAUAAAAGCUCUUCAAACAGCCGUCUCUGAAAAACAUACAACAUACAUGUUAUAAUAUCACUGUCUUCUCAUAUUCAGUACAACAGUGUGACUGCAAGUAUGAUACUCCCUUUUUACAACAGUAAACUAAAAAAAGUAAAAAAAAAAAAUUAUAAUAAAAAAAUAGAUUUUAAAUACAUUAUGAUAAGAUAUCUUGUUUAUUUUUUCUCUGCCAAUGGAAACUUUUCCGAAAGACUUACACAAAAUAUAUACAUAUAAAUAAAUACAUAUAUUAAAUACAACUCACUGUGAAAAAGCAAAUCAAAACCUUCAGCAGUGUACUGUGCCUGAGUGUUCCAAUAUUAAGAAAAAAAAAUCUUCCUGCAUUUGAUUAAUCGCACUGACAUACAGUAAACUACCGUUCAGAAGUCAGUAGGCUUAUUUGUUUUAAUUAGUUUGUUCUUUUAUUCAGCAAGGACACAUUAAAUUAAUCAAGUGACA